CCCUCGAAAAACCAAACUCGUAUAAUCUGUCAAGAUACGAGCAACUGUUCUCGGGAAUGACAUUGUGGAGUAUGAGACGAAACAUUGCCAGAUUUGGAUUCUAUUAGGACUGAUAAGGUCAUUUCAGCUGUAGACGUUGUUGUUCAGUUGUGCUUCAGUGCUGGGGCAAUAGCAUGCCCUUCAUGGAUUCUCAGAGACAGUUACCGGGCCCGCACUUACGGUCACCUGUACUUCAUCAGACAAUGCGUCGAAGUUCGGAUCAGACCGGGAUAUUGCUGAGCGGGGUACAGUUACCACAGUAUCCGCCUCCCCAGGAAAUGUACCCAGGCUGUCACCCUGCCCUGAACCCGGCCCUCAUCAUGCGAUCUGCCCUGCCCCACACAGAAAAGGAUCAGGUUCCCUACCCCACGGGCCUCCACUCCCUCUCCGCAGGGGACGCCGAAGCAGUGUACAGCUGCAUGGACCCAAAACUGUGGGCAGAAUCCAUGUUAAACCCCAUGAUGCUCCCGCCAAUGUUCGACACUUAUUACAGCGGAUUGGAUUUCCAUGCGCCAGGGUAUCGUAAAAACGUUACCAAGGAGACGACGGGACCAUUGAAAGCCUGGCUUCAAGACCAUCGCAAAAACCCGUAUCCAACGAAGGCGGAGAAAAUCAUGCUGGCGAUCAUCACCAAAAUGACCUUGACCCAAGUGUCCACGUGGUUCGCCAAUGCCCGGCGGCGCCUGAAGAAAGAGACUGGGCGAUCCUCCCCUGGGGUGGACGAGGACGGGGACGGGCGAUCAGAGGACGAGAACGAGGGAAGCGAUGCGUCGCGCAGUAAACACGGAAGUGACCAUGAGGAUGAAUGCGAGGAGAUCUCCGUGGAUGACGAUGAGGACCUCGAGGAUUUGGGGCAUCUGCAUGCUCCGAGCGAGGACUCUGUGCCUCGCUUUCGACCCGUUGGUCGUAUGCCUGGUUCAGACAUGAAAACCCCAGGGAGGAUUAGUGGCCAUUUCUGUUCGUCUCGCGUAAUCUCUGGAGAGCAGACACCACCGAGACACGGGUUAGAUUUCAUCAGUGGUAAACAAGGCGAUCAGUGUUCAAAGUCCGCUAAGGCUACAGCGUCAAAUACGACGCCUCUCGCAGAGAAUAUGGAACAAAGAGAAAAGAGAAUGUUACAUCAAGUUUCCGAGUCACAGAUUCGUCCAGUAGAUCUAUCUCAGAGUGCAAGCCCACGUGGUGCUGUAUGUCAAAAACAACAACAACAACAACAACAAUCGUGUCAUUCUGCAGGCUCAGCAAACCGUGGCCAUGGCAAUCGAAUAAACAGUCCACCCACGCCAAAAGCAAAAAUAUGGUCGAUUUCUAAUAUACUUAGUCUGGAAUCGAAAAAUGAGGAUACGUAACAGAUACUGCUUAUAACCACUUUAUAGUAUAGACUUUUGAGUGGUGAGCAAUUUGGUGCAAAGUCCAUGCGGUUUACGGAUGAACAGGAAGUUGGAAAACAUCCUCGGG